AUGGGUGACCCCUACCUCAUCUGGGCGGCCCACUCACACCAGAUGCUUGCUGGGCCGUGUUUCGCGUUCUUCGGAAUACCCCUCAGCCUCAUCGACGGCAACUACACAAGCUGGAGGGAGCUCUUCCUCGUCGCUCUCGGAUGCUAUGGUCUCACCACCCGUGUUACUGGCGAGGCCACCCCCUUCGACACGUCCCCCACCUCUGCUUGGGGCCGCGAUGACUACACCGUGCUCUCCUGGAUCUACGGCUCCAUCGACACCGACCUCCUCGACAUCGUCAUGCGUCCUGGCUCCACCGCGCUCACCAUCUGGGACGUCAUCGAGAACCUCUUCCGCGACAACAAGAAGCACCGCACCAUCCAGCUUGAGGCCAACUUCCGCAACACACCACAAGGCGAUCUCUCCAUCAGUGACUACUGCGCCAAGCUCAAGAACCUCGCCGAAGCCCUCACUAACAUCGGCCAGCCCAUCAGCGAAGAGACGCUGGUUCUGACGCUCCUCCACGGCCUUAAUGAUAUUUGCGCCCAUCUGCGUUUGUUUCUUCUGUUUCAGGUGUCGUUCGCCUCGUUUCUUCAGACGCGCUCCGCCCUCAUCCUGGAAGAAACUCAGCGGCGCACCGACGCCCACAACGCCGCCUCCACCGCACUCUAG